AUGUUUGCUCGUUCUCUGACACGUAUUACUAGUACACGUAUACCACAUACCUUGCUUCAGGCUGGUCGUCGAGUUUCCUAUAGAGGAGAAUCAACGCUUCGAUCCGUGAAGAGAGUAGCUCCUUUUGCCAAUAUUUUAGCAGUUUCUGGUCUUGGGCUUGGUAUAGCACUCGGCUUACUGAACGUUCCCUGGUCGGCUGAACCACCAUUCUUUGCAACAAUCGAGGCGAUCGGGACCGAGAACGCUGAAGAACAGCAACGCAAGAAAAGAACAAUGGCACCAACUGUUUUCCGUCCAAUCGUCAUUGUCGGACCUUCCGGCACUGGCAAGAGCACAAUCUUGAAGCUUCUGUUUGCUGAAUUUCCAGACAAGUUUGGAUUCAGUGUUUCCCAUACUACUCGCAAACCGAGACCUGGUGAAACCCAUGGAAAGGAAUACUACUUCACGACCAAGGAAGAGAUGGAAGCUGAUGCUGCAAAGGGCAAGUUUAUUGAGACUGCUACCUUUGCCACCAAUAUGUAUGGAACAUCGUUCGAGGCUGUUGAAAACGUCUUCAAAUCUGGCCGUAUCGCCAUCCUUGACAUUGACGUGCAAGGUGUCAUGACUCUCCAGAGCCUCGCUGCUUCAGGAAAGACUACUCUUCAACCAAUCUAUCUAUUUUUGUCCCCUCCAAGUAUCCCAGAAUUAGAAAAGAGGUUGCGUAGUCGUGGAACCGAGACUGAAGAAUCUCUCAGCAAACGUAUAGAGGCUGCAACUAGAGAAAUGGAAUGGGGCAAGAAAUCCGCUGCUGAGAAUGGUCCUGAUCGAGUUAUUAUAAACGAUGAUUUGAAUGCGGCAUAUGCUGAUUUGAAAAAGGCCAUCUCGGAUUUCUUUGGUUAG